UGUCAUCGUGGACGAGGGGACACGGUCCAACUGGGUCUGGAGAGGAGUCUGGGGAACCUGGGGGUGGUGGAGGUGACUUGGAGAUCUCUGGACCUGGAAACGUGUCACUGGAGUUUGUUCCUUCAUCAGGGACCGCAACCUUCCAAGAGGGUUCUAACUCAACGGAUAGUGUUCAGUGUAGCAGCAGACGGGACACCAGAACUGGCCGAGGAAUACUCCCUGAGUCUGACUGGAGUUCAGACUCUCACUGAGGACAUUUCUGUGACGGGCAGAGCAGUGCUGGACACCAGUGCCACCAUGGCCACCGUAACUCUGAGGGCCAGUGACAACCCUCACGGAGUGGUGGAGUUUCAGGAGAUGUUUGUGGAGACAGAGGAGAGCGGUCGUCUCUUCCUAACUAUAGUCAGAGAGUUUGGAGCUAUAGGUGCUCUUGAUGUGGCGUAUGAAGCUGUGAUGGGCAACAUCGGAACACUGGCAGGCAACUCCACUCUGGCCACUCCAGGGCUUGAUUUCAACAACUCCAACAGG